CCUGCCCAGGACAGUGUAUGCGGUGCGAGGAGAGCCCGUGUUACUGCACUGUGACCUGGGCAGCCUCAGCCACCCUUUGCACCGCCUCGAGCACCAACAACAACAGGAACAACAACAGCAGCAGCAGCAACAACAACAACGUAAACCACCGCCACCUAAUCCUUCCUACUCAGACGACCUUUACGAAGACCCUUACGCUGAAGAGUACGGUGCUAGGGACUACAGUGCGUCUCGCCCCGCCCUCCACUACCACUACUACACAGAGAGUGCUCAGUCACCUCAGUAUUACGAUUAUUACAGCGACGAUAGUACAAGUGACCUCAUAGCCAAGCCCGCCAAAGCCUUUGCUGGAGGUACUGCGUUGGGUGACAGCAGCAGUAACUUCAGUAGUCCUAACACUGCUACCUCAUCAUCCGUAUUAUUGCCACUUUCACCUCCGCAAACUUCAUCAUUAUUAUCGUCAUCGCCGCAGCCGCCAUCAUCGUCAUCGCCUGAUCCUAUUCCAUCAUCAUCUUUAGGGCUGACAGUUGUUGAUCCUGAUGUCGACGGGUUGUCCGUCAUGUCACCUGUGCUGGAAUCUUCACCAGAUAUUAACAUUUCGUCCCACGACGAUCAAGCUUUCUCAGUUUCUUCCAAGGAUUUAGUCGAGAAGCAGCGCUUGUUCCCAGAUAACGACAGCAUUGACAGCGAUCUUGCUCAAACCGAGAUCGCUCAGCCGCCCCCUAACAGCGGACGUCUGCCGUCUGAAGUCAACCGCAGUCUGCCCAAGAACGGCCGGUCACGGGCGAACGGCGGCCGAAAUUUCGCCUCUGAUGCUGACGAUGCGGCGCCGGUGGACAGCAGUUCGCCGCCGACACCCGGCGCUGGCCGACAGUCGGCCGUGUUCUCGGCCGCGACCGUAACAUGGCUCAAGAAUGACGUUGAAGUGAGCAACCGUCGCCACAUCACCACCGCUACUGGCCACCUAAACAUUACCAAGGUGGUGGUGCGUCGUGGUGGUCGCCGCAUGAGCGAUGAAGGCGAGUACCGCUGUGUGGUGCACACCGCCAUCGGCAACAUCUCCGGCCCGCCCAUACGCUUGAAAGUCGCCAACCUGAGCCGCAACGUCAGGGUCGACGUCUCUGAGGGCGGUGGACGCCCGUCCAGUGAGGGACGGGUGGUGGCGGGGGCCGCAGCGCGCCUCUACUGCGACGUGGACAGCUUCCCUCCCGCCCGUCUGUCCUGGUACAGGGACGGCGUCCCUCUGCUGUCUGAUGACAGCUUCCCUCCCGCCCGUCUGUCCUGGUACAGGGACGGCGUCCCUCUGCUGUCUGAUGACAGACUGACGCUCGUGGAGCCUGGCGUGCUGCAGAUCGCUCCUCUACAGCAGUCAGACUCCGGACUGUACAGAUGUGUGGCCCACAACGCCCUGGCGAACAAGACCCGCAGCUCUGUGGGUGAGGCCCUGACGGUGGACCACGCGAUGGACCUCACGCCUGAACACGUCCUGGACACAGAGACCCACACCGCUGUCUUCCUGUCUCCCUACCACCGUCAGCACGUCGUCAGCAGGGGACAGAACCUCACCCUCGAGUGUCUUGCCACGGGCCUCCCGCUCCCCCAACUUGUCUGGCAUAGAACCAGCGCCAACGUCCACGAGCUGCUACUGACGGAGCUGCAGCCUGGCGAGACCUACUCAGUGCGAGUGCUGGCGGGCAAUUCUCUUGCUUAUCCUGAAGGCCCACACCUCGACUGGAAACAUAUCCGUCUACCUGACCACGACGAGUUCUACGGUAGCGACAAUCACGAUAGCGACGACGCCGUCCUAAAUGGCAAAGAAAAUCCCGGCAGAGAAACUGGGACAAACUACAGAACUCCUGCUCCAUUGCCGGCCCCUCUUCCUCUGCCCCCGACUGUUAACCUCACCGUUUACUGGGUCGGCUUGAACAGUUCCAGCGAUCGCAGUGACCAGGGCAGCUGGGCUAUCAAGGUGUCCUGGAAGCCUGCUAAGCGGGACGUGUCAGUGCUGGAGGGCUACAGCCUGCAUGUGUCCUGGAAGCCUGCUAAGCGCGACGUCUCAGUGCUGGAGGGCUACAGCCUGCAUGUGAUGUGUAGGAUGUGUCCUGGAAGCCUGCUAAGCGCGACGUCUCAGUNCAAAGGCAACCAACUGAUCUUUGCUAACAGCGUCACCGCUGACUCUGCGCUCUACCAGUGUCUUGCGAUCAACCAGGCCGGAUAUGCUGCCAUGCCGUUUGUGCUGCANCACCUCACCAAACUUGAUACCAAGGCGGAGCAGCAGACGGUUGUGAGGAACACGUCACACGUCCUCAAGGACCUCGCCCUCAACACCAACUACUCCGUCUACGUGAGGGCCUUCAGCGACGUCGCCAGCGACCCUUCAGAGGCCAUCGUCUUCCGCACCGGCGAGGAGAUCCCGACGGAGGCGCCGAAGAUGAAGCUGAAGGUGGUGUCCCCCUCGGAGCUGCUGGUGCAGUGGUCCAUGCUGCCCCCCGCCGUGGCCAGGGGCACCAUCAUCGGCUACAAAGUGCAGUGGAAACUACUGCUGGAGGGCUACAGUCUGCGCUACAGACGCGAGGACGGUCAGUGGCAGCCGACCGUCACCAUGCCCGCCACGAACACAUCGUACAUCAUCGCUGGAUUAGGGGCCGGUUGGUAUCAGGUUGAGGUGCGUGGUUUCAACCUGGCGGGGGACGGCGACCCAACCCUCGAGGUCGUCCAGACGCACGCGCACAACUCCACCAGCCCCAUCGACUCGCGCCUCUCUCCUGACAUUGAACAGCUGGAGGUGGAGGUGCAGAGUCAGACGAGCGUGCAGCUGUGGUGGAGAGUAGCGGAGCAGCAGCGCAGUCUCGUGCAUUACUACACCGUCCGCUACCUCGCCAUCCCGCCCUCUGCCAACGAGCCCACGCGCAUCGUACACAGUAUGGUGAACGAGGUGCUCAUCACGGGCCUGAAGCCGUUCACGUGGUACGAGUUCAGCGUACGGGCGCACGUCUCCAAGGACGUCUACGGCCCCUACUGCCCCGUCGUAGAGGUGGCCACCACCGACAGAGUCCCAGCGGCGCCUACGCACUUACAGUACAGACCUGUGGACGCCAGCACCGUACGUGUGACAUGGCAACCUCCUUCAUCACCUGCAGCAGCAGCCACCUCCUCCAGAGGACCAGUUCCUCGUCAGGCGACACCCAUGCCUGCCACCUACGAGCUCCUCUACACGCAGAACAAGAGCCUUGCGCUGCCCCUCUGGACCAAAUACAGCGUCACUUUUGAUCGAACUGAAGCAGUGGUGUCAGGUCUCGUCUCCAACACCGAGUAUUGGUUCAGGGUGCGCGGCUGCUCUCAGGACGACCGCUGCGGCGCCUCCAGCGAAGCGCUGCCUGUCGUCAUCCGCGCGAGGCUCGAACCUUCGCCGUCAGGAGCCUACGCCAAGUCCAGUCUGCUGUACGCGCUGGUGGGGACGCUGUGCGUGCUGCUGUUCGCCACGUUCGUCAUCUGUUGCCUCAUCAGAGCGCGCGCCUCCGACGGCAGACCGCGCCAGACCUCCUCCGCUGCCGCCAACGCUGAUGGACUGCACGUCAUCAAUGGAAUAAGAUACUCGCGUGCAGGCUGCGGUGGGGGCGGUGCGGGUGCCCACGAGAUGGAGGCGUACGUGCCCAUGCUCACCCAGAUACCCCCAGACUUCUCCUCGGGGCCCCUAGACGCUAAGGUGGGUACUCUGGGUGUGACUGAUGUACUCACAGGAAUUACUGAAUACUCGCGUGCAGGCUGCGGUGGGGGCGGUGCGGGUGCCCACGAGAUGGAGGCAUACGUGCCCAUGCUCACCCAGAUACCCCCAGACUUCUCCUCGGGGCCCCUAGACGCUAAGGGCGCCUACACGGACCACAAGAUCGUGAACGGCUUCACCAACCCGCGCUGCACCAGCCUGCCUUCCUCGCCCCUCGGCAGCGCUGCUACAUCGUCCCUCACUCAGGGUGCCGGCGGUGACGCGGACGUGAGUGCGGCGCUGCUGCACCAGCACAGCAACGGCACUGCGGUGCCCCUGCGUGUCGAGCCCCGCCACUGCGUCAGGAGCCACCGCGACGAAGACUCACUGGAGACCAGCCAUCGGUUCCCUGCAGGAUACCACAGCCGGGCUGGGGGAGUACAAAGAGAAGACGCGUCCUCUGAUCCUAGUGCGUGUCUGCUGACCGCUGAAGACCGUGAAGCUGUUGUAAUAUGUCCGCCGUGUACCCGAACAACUGCAGACCGUGAGCAACUUAACAACAAAGAAGACGACGUUAGAAUCGAGUUAAUAGAUCGACCGAAGUCUCUUCAUGUCCAGGAGGAUGAGCUCAAAAACAGCUCUCGGAAUGAACUAGAAAAUGACGUGAGAAUAUCAUCUCGAUCUGGCGCGCCCCAAGCGCCGGACUCUCGUAUACCUGACAGCAACGACACCGCGACCUGCACUGCAAGCGAGCUCUCCCGACUUGGUUUUGCUGAUCCGUUCUGGACGAAUAGUGGUAGUACCAUUAGUGGUAGCACCGUCAGUGGUAGUGAUGGUGGGGGUAGUGAUGGUGGUGGCAGCGAGGGCAUGGACCCAUUAAGCAGCAGUUGCAAACUGCUUGCCAAUAAUAAUAACAAUAAUGACGGCAGUCGUAGCAGCUUGGAGUGCAACGGCUUGCCUUCUUUACCGAACCGAGAAGCUGUUUUGCGAGCAGGUGAAGCUGUCGCUGCCUCUGUAUCCUAACAGCUACCGGAGCCCUGGCAGCUCCUAUUCCUAGGGGGGAAAGCUUCCUAGCUUGUCUAUUCUCCGGCGAGGAUAGGCUAAGUUUCUUAGCUUCCCUCCCCUUCAUAAGACGGGUAAUUUAGUUAAGGAAAUCACCGGCGCUGGCUGCGGAGGUUGUGGUCGGCGCAUCUUGUCUCCACAAUACAGUUGCUGCAUACAACUUCUCAUUAUUGCUACUUAGUCCAUUUCGCUGGCCAGGUUUUUUGUUAUUUUUGUGGAUUGUCGUGACCUGAUCAUUGUUUCCGUUCUGUGGUGUAACGCGUGCAUUAAACGACUCUGUAACUAAUUAUUUCCAUUUAAAUCAACUGUACAGCGCUGCCCCUGGCAUGAAUGUAAGCAAUACUCUCAGGGCGCCGCCACUCACCCACCUCUCAGUAUGAUGGCAUUAUUAUUGUGCUCAAUUGUCUAGUAUGUUAUUGAUAUUGCGUGCAUGCAAAUACUUGGUUUCUGCUGCGUUUUAGAUUAUCCAACAACUGGUUAGUUUUCCCCAAAAACAGCAUUAUCCCUCGUGACUUGUUCAUAGCUGCCUUCAUACGCUAACACGUACUUCCUCUUCAUUUGCCUCAAGGAACAGUUUCAACUUGGCGGCGUUAAGUAACUGUGCAGUAUACCUGGUGUGUUAUAACUCACCAUGGCUGCUGUAACGGUAACCUUCCAUCUCUUCCUUCUCCGCUGCCGGAAUUUUACUAGCGCGUUAGGCCGGAGGUCUUAGCGCGUCAAGCUGGAGGUCUUAGCGCGUUAGGCCGGAGGUCUUAGCGCGUUAGGCCGGAGGUCUUAGCGCGUUAGGCCGGAGGUCUUAGCGCGUUAGGCCGGAGGUCUUAGCGCGUUAGGCCGGA